AGAUCGGAAGAAAUGGACGAGCAGCCGCGGUUGAUGCACUCUCAUGCGGGAGUAGGGAUGGCAGGGCACCCCGGCCUGUCGCAACACAUGGAAGGCACGGGAGGAACGGAAGGCGAUGGGAGAAAACAGGACAUUGGAGACAUUUUACAGCAAAUAAUGACCAUCACAGAUCAGAGUCUGGACGAAGCUCAAGCCAGGAAACAUGCCCUGAAUUGCCACAGGAUGAAGCCUGCUCUCUUCAACGUCUUGUGUGAAAUCAAAGAGAAAACAGUGCUGAGUAUCCGUGGCGCCCAGGAGGAGGAGCCUCCAGAUGCCCAGCUCAUGCGAUUGGACAACAUGUUGCUGGCGGAGGGCGUGUCUGGACCGGAGAAGGGGGGUGGUUCUGCAGCGGCUGCGGCUGCAGCUGCAGCCUCAGGAGGCGGGGCAGGAGCGGAUAACUCAGCGGAACACUCAGACUACAGAGCCAAGCUCUCUCAGAUCAGACAGAUCUACCACACAGAACUGGAGAAAUACGAGCAGAUGGUAUCCCAUGGCGGAUGGAGGGGGGAGAGUUACACAGGGAGUCAUGGCAACGGAAACAAGGCUUGUAACGAGUUCACAACCCAUGUGAUGAACCUGCUGAGGGAGCAGAGUCGCACUCGGCCCAUCUCUCCCAAGGAGAUCGAGCGCAUGGUGGGGAUCAUCCACCGCAAGUUCAGCUCCAUCCAGAUGCAGCUCAAACAGAGCACCUGCGAAGCCGUCAUGAUCCUGCGCUCACGCUUCCUCGAUGCCAGACGGAAAAGGCGGAACUUCAACAAGCAGGCGACAGAGAUCCUGAAUGAGUACUUCUACUCCCACCUGUCUAACCCCUACCCUAGUGAGGAGGCCAAGGAAGAGCUGGCCAAGAAGUGCUCCAUCACAGUUUCACAGGUUUCCAACUGGUUUGGAAACAAAAGAAUCAGAUACAAGAAAAACAUUGGAAAGUUCCAGGAAGAAGCCAAUAUGUACGCUGCCAAAACUGCAGUCAACGCGACCAACGUAUCCUCACAUGGAAGCCAGGCUAAUUCGCCCUCCACCCCAAAUUCUGCAGGUUCUGCUGGCUCUUUUAACAUGUCAAACUCCGGCGACUUGUUCAUGAGCGUGCAGUCUCUCAAUGGGGACUCGUACCAAGGUGCUCAGGUUGGAGCCAACGUGCAGUCACAGGUGGAUACCCUUCGCCAUGUUAUCAGUCAGACAGGCGGAUACAGUGAGGGCCUCACAGCCAGCCAGAUGUACAGUCAACAGAGCAUCAAUGCAAACGGAGGCUGGCAGGAUGCAACCACCCCCUCAUCAGUGACAUCACCCACAGAAGGACCUGGAAGUGUUCACUCUGACACGUCCAACUGAUCCCUCCACCCUCCACCACUAUCCAGACACCCCCAACCUCGAUCAGCCAGCCCCCAGUCAGCUCCCCUUCAGAACUGGAGGUAUCACUAGACUGGUCACAAAGCAAGAGACCUCUCUCUACAGGUGGGGACUACAGGAUGAAUCGCCAUCAUCACCACCACAGACAGUUCUUCAUGUCUUCUGUCCCGUCUCUACAACCAAUCAGUCAGUAGCCUGUGUAGGGCUCUGUUCUCCCAUUUAUCUACGACCUCAUUCACUGUCUGUCUGUACAGUUUUCUUCACCAGAUAUCCUUGUUGCCUCUGUGUGAUCUGACUUAUAACACAGUAGGCAAAUAGUUACAACACGUAUACACAGUAUUGCCCGUAUCUUGUAGAUUGAAAUGCUUUUCUCACUACCUCUAUUGAAAAUAACAACAACUUCUAAAAAAGCAUCGUUUUUUUUCCUUUGUAAUAACUGACAUUGACAGCAGCUCCCAAUCUCCCUUGUCCUGUCUCAAGGCUUGUUUUGAGGACAGUUUUGCCUUUGUGACAAGUUUUACCCGAUAUAAUUACUUAAUUCCCAACAUUUGUUUUGUCCAUAGUGCCAAAGUUCAACACAGGAGGUGAAUUCUUAUAAUAUGAUAUUGUGCUUGUGGAAGAAUACAUAUCCAUCUGACUAUUCACAUCACAUACCGUAGCUUAAUGAUAUUUCUUGUUAGUAGCUAACAAUGGGAUGAUUUGAAAGGAGAACCUUGAGAUUCAAAUGUUCCUCCUCAUUUUAGGCAUUCUGUUUCAGAGCUUCUACAAUGGUCAAAAUAAAACAUGACACAUUUUUACUGCAACAAUGGCGUGUGUUCUGUUCAUACUGAAUGAGUGGUCAACAAUGCAUAAGCAAAACACAAAAUAGUAACGGUAUAUACUCCAGAAUUAAUGGAAGGGAUUGUUUGGGAGGUUAUAAAGAAAUGGAUCAUGGUGAUUCUAGCUUCAUGGUGAUUCCAGAUACAUUUUUUAAACUGAUACUCAGUCCACACUACAAACAGAGCAAGAAGCUUAAAGCUUCAUGGUGAAUCUAGCUUCAUGGUGAUUCUAACUUCAUGGUGAUUCUAACUUCAUGGUGAUUCUAACUUCAUGGUGAUUCUAACUUCAUGGUGAUUCUAUCUACUGGAAUUCUAAUGCAUUUCCUGCACUUGACGUAUUGUUUGUAGUGUGGACUGAGUAUCAGUAUCCGGAACACUUAAUCAGUGAGUAUAUUAGCAUCAAUUAAAAUAAGCCAAUAUAAUGUCUUUAAGCACAGUCACUUCCAGUGAUUACCCUAUGAAGGGUAACAUAUGUAUUUGUCAAAGAGAAGAACACAGUACAGAGAACACACAUUAAUAAUGCUUGUAUCAUUUUCAUAUGUUGAACAUAUGGUGUGUGUACAUACACAUACAUACAUACAUACAUAUAUAUAUACAUACAUAUAUACAUAU